AUGAAAGCGCUGGACCGAGGCUGCAACCGCGGCUUGAAUAGCUGCGCGUCUGCUCCGCGCGGGCUCGGGGUGGGAGGGAGGCGUUCACUUCGCUAUCGGGGAGAAAGGGGCCGGCCCCUGGGAAAGGAGCCUUUGACGGUGCCAGCGGAACUCGUGUCUGUCAGGUCGCUGCGAGUGAACGAGUCCCGGUUUCCCACAGGGUGGAGAAAGAGCAGCUGGCCUCGCUUAUUGUUCCAAGAAAUUGAAAGCCUGUUUCCUGCCAUUCUCAAUCUCGCCAGCAAUGCCCACAUCAGCACCAACGCCACCUGCGGCGAGAAGGGGCCUGAGAUGUUCUGCAAACUUGUCGAGCAUGUGCCGGGUCGGCCCGUUCGAAACCCACAGUGCAGGAUCUGCGACGGCAGCAGCGCGAACCCCAGAGAACGGCACCCAAUAUCAAAUGCGAUCGACGGCACCAAUAACUGGUGGCAGAGUCCCAGCAUUCAAAACGGGAGAGAGUUUCACUGGGUCACAAUCACUCUGGACUUAAGACAGGUCUUUCAAGUUGCAUAUGUCAUCAUUAAAGCUGCCAACUCCCCUCGACCUGGAAACUGGAUUUUGGAGCGUUCUCUGGAUGGCACCGCCUUCAGCCCCUGGCAGUAUUACGCAGUCAGCGACACGGAGUGUUUGACCCGUUACAACAUAACUCCAAGACGGGGGCCACCCACUUACAGGGCCGAUGAUGAAGUGAUCUGCACCUCGUAUUAUUCCAGACUGGUGCCGCUUGAGCAUGGCGAGAUUCAUACAUCAUUGAUCAAUGGCAGACCAAGCGCUGAUGACCUUUCCCCCAAGUUGCUGGAAUUCACUUCUGCACGAUACAUCCGCCUUCGCUUACAACGCAUUAGGACACUCAAUGCGGAUCUCAUGACCCUGAGCCGCCGGGACCCUAAAGACCUGGACCCUAUUGUUACCAGACGUGUGAGUACAGGCCAGACCUUCUGCCACUGUGGAAGGCUCAUCUUGAAGCUACAGUGUCAAUGUGAACAUAACACCUGCGGAGAGAGUUGCGACAGGUGCUGUCCCGGGCACCAUCAGCAGCCCUGGCGGCCGGGAACCAUUUCGUCUGGAAACACAUGUGAAGCUGAUAACUUGUCACUGGUGUCCCCUUAUGAGGACAAGCCUUGCCAUCCCUGUGACUGUGACCCUGUGGGGUCCCUCAGUUCUGUCUGUAUUAAGGAUGACCUCCAUGCUGACUUACACAAUGGGAAGUGGCCCGGUCAGUGUCCAUGUAAGGAAGGUUAUGCAGGAGAAAAAUGUGAUCGUUGCCAACUCGGCCAUAAGAAUUACCCAAGCUGCGUCCGCUGUGACUGCAGUCCAGCUGGCAGUGUGAAUGACGAUCCGUGCACAGAGCCCUGUCUUUGUAAGGAAAACGUCCAGGGGAAAGACUGUGAUCGCUGCAAGCCGGGAUUCUACAACCUGAAGGAAAGGAACCCGCAGGGCUGCUCCGAGUGCUUCUGCUUCGGCGUUUCGGAUGUCUGUGACAGCCUGUCUUGGCCCGUUAGUCAGGUGAACAACAUGUCCGGGUGGCUGGUCACUGACUUGAUCGGUCCCAGCAAGGUCCCGUCCCAGCAGGAUGUGCGGGGCAGGCGUCAGCAGGUCAGCAUCAACAACACGGUGGCCACGCAGCGGCUGGCUGCACAGUACUACUGGGCGGCCCCCGCCGCCUACCUGGGGAAUAAGCUGACUGCGUUUGGUGGAUUGCUGAAAUACACAGUGUCUUACGAUCUUCCAGUGGAGACAGUGGACAGCGGCCUCAUGUCACACGCGGAUGUCAUAAUUAAGGGAAAUGGACUCACUCUAAUCACACAGGCCGAGGGCCUGUCAUUGCAACCCUACGAAGAGUACUUCAAUGUGGUUAGACUUGUGCCUGAGAACUUCAGAGAUUUUUAUAACAAAAGGGAGAUCGAUCGUGACCAGCUGAUGACUGUCCUUGCCAAUGUGACACAUCUUUUGAUCAGAGCCAACUACAAUUCUGCAAAAAUGGCUCUCUACAAGUUGGAGUCUGUCUCUCUGGACGUGGCCAGCCCUAAUGCUAUAGACCUGGUGGUUGCUGCGGAUGUGGAGCACUGUGAAUGUCCCCAAGGCUACACAGGGACCUCCUGCGAGGCGUGCGCGCACAACACUACCGGGGACCACUGUGAGCGGUGCUUGCCCGGCUUCUACGGGGAGCCUUCCCAGGGGACUCCCGGGGACUGCCAGCCCUGCGCCUGCCCUCUCGCCACGGCCUCCAACAAUUUCAGCCCCACCUGCCACCUGGAUGGAGGAGAGGAAGUGGUCUGCGACCAGUGUGCUGUGGGGCAUUCGGGGGCUUGGUGCGAGAGAUGCGCAGACGGUUACUAUGGAAACCCGACAGUGCCCGGGGAAUCCUGUGUGCCGUGUGACUGCAGCGGCAACGUGGACCCCCUGGCGGCCGGUCACUGCGACGCAGCCACCGGGCAGUGCCUGAAGUGCGCGGGGAACACGGACGGCGCCCACUGCGAAAGGUGCGCGGACGGCUUCUACGGGGACGCCGUGACCGCCAAAAACUGCCGCGCCUGUGGAUGCCACGAGAGAGGCUCCCUUUCCGCCGUGUGCCACCUCGAGACUGGACUCUGCGACUGCAAACCGCACGUCACCGGACAGCAGUGUGACCAGUGCUUGCACGGCUACUACGGGCUGGACUCGGGGCGCGGCUGCCUGCCCUGCAACUGCAGCGUGGCCGGCUCCACGUCGGAUGACUGCACAGACCAAGGCCAGUGCCGCUGCGUCCCCGGUGUAGCGGGAGAAAGGUGUGACAGGUGUGCCCACGGCUUCUACGCGUACCAGGAUGGUGGCUGUACACCCUGUGACUGCCCGGACACCCAGAACACGUGUGACCCGGCAUCUGGAGAGUGCGUGUGCCCGCCUCAUACUCGGGGGCUGAAGUGCGAGGAAUGUGAGGAUGCCCACUGGGGCCGCCACGCGGAGAAGGGCUGCCAGCCCUGCAAUUGCAGUUCUGUGGGGUCGACCGGGCAUCAGUGUGACGUGCUCACCGGCCAUUGCCAGUGCAAGUCGGAAUUUGCUGGACAGCACUGCGAUCAGUGCUCUUUAGGCUACAGAGACUUUCCAGACUGCAUUCCCUGUGACUGCGACCUGAGGGGGACAUCACGGGACAGCUGUGACCCGGACCAGGGUCUCUGCAGCUGUGCGGAGGAAACCGGGACCUGCUCUUGUAAGGAAAAUGUCAUUGGCCUCCAGUGCAGCCAGUGUCGACGGGGCACCUUCGCUCUCCACGCGGACGACUCCCUGGGAUGCAGCCCCUGCUUCUGCUUCGGGCUGUCCCACCUCUGCUCGGAGCUGGAGGGCUAUGUGAGGACCCCAGUACUGCUGGGCUCAGAUCAGCCUCUUCUGCGAGUGGUUUCUCAGAGUGACCUGAGGGGCACGACCGAGGGGGUUUACUACCAGGCCCCUGAUGUCUUGCUGGACGCGGUGACUGUCCGGCGGCAUGUCCACACAGAGCCGUUCUACUGGCGGCUGCCGGAGCAGUUCCAGGGGGACCAGCUCCUGGCAUACGGUGGCAAACUCAAGUACAGCGUGGCCUUCUAUUCCUCGGAUGGCAUCGGCACCUCCAACUUUGAGCCUCAAGUUCUCAUCAGAGGGGGUCGGGCCAGAAAGCAAGUCAUCUACAUGGAUGCACCAGCCCCGGAGAACGGAGUGAGGCAGGAACGAGAAGUAGGAAUGAAAGAGAAUUUCUGGAAAUAUUUUAACUCUGUUUCUGAAAAACCUGUCACACGCUCGGAUUUUAUGUCUGUCCUUAGCAAUAUUGAGUACAUCCUCAUCAAGGCAUCGUAUGGCCAAGGAUUACAGCAAAGCAGAAUCUCAAAUAUUUCAAUGGAGGUUGGCAGAAAGGCUGACGAGCUGCACCCAGAGGGAGAGGCCGCAUCCCUUCUAGAGCACUGUCUCUGUCCUCCUGGCACGGCGGGAUUUUCAUGUCAGGACUGUGCUCCUGGGUACCACAGAGGGAAGCUCCCAGAAGGUGGGGGCAGGGGCCCACGCCCUCUGCUUGCUCCUUGUGUGCCCUGCAGUUGCAACAACCACAGUGACGCUUGUGACCCUGAAACUGGAAAGUGUCUGAACUGCAGCGAUAACACGGCAGGUGACCACUGUGAUGUGUGUGCUCCUGGCUACUACGGGAAGGUGACUGGCUUGGCCAGCGACUGUUCUCUGUGCACCUGUCCUCACAACCACCCUGCCAGUUUUAGUCCUACUUGUGUCUUGGAAGGUGACGGUGAUUUCCGCUGUGAUGCCUGUCUUCCGGGCUACGAAGGACAAUAUUGCGAAAGGUGCUCCUCGGGCUACCAUGGGAACCCUCAAAUGCCAGGUGGCAGUUGCCAGAAGUGUGACUGCAGCCUGCACGGCUCUGAGCACAGCGAGUGCGACCGCGUGUCUGGGCAGUGCGUCUGCAGGCCCGGGGCCUCGGGGCUGCGGUGCGAGGAGUGUGAACCGAGGCACGCGCUGGUGGAGAGCCACUGUGUCUCGUGCAACGACGAGUGUGUAGGUGUGCUGCUGAACGACUUGGAUGACAUCGGCGAUGCCAUCCUUUCUACGAACCUCACCGGCACCGUCGCUCUCCCCUAUGGGAUUUUGUCAGACCUGGAAAAUACAACUGAGUAUCUCCGGGAAUCUUUAUUAAAACAAAAUAUGCAAAAGGAACUGGCAAAAAUUAAACUCGAAGAUGUUGCAGAACGGACGGACAACCUGCAAAGGAAGCUCACUAGAGUGCUGACAAGUAGCGAGGAGGCCAAUAGGGCGACUGAGAGAAUCCUCAGUGACGGCGAAGACCUGGCCGCGUUCGUCGAGAGGCUGCAGACGAGCAUCAGAGAAAUUAUUGAAAAGACAACAACUUUAAAUCAGACCUUGGAUGAAGAUUUCCAGCUACCCAAUUUGACUCUUCAGAAUAUGCAACAGAACAUUACAUCUUUGCUCGAAAUCAUCCGGAAAAGGCAUUUCACGCAGUUGCACCAAAAUGUCACCCUUGAACUCAAGGCUGCUGAAGAUUUAUUGUCACAAAUUCAGAAGAAUUACCAGAAGCCACAGGAAGAGUUGGAGGUGUUAAAAGAAGUCGCAAGCCGCCUCCUUGCAGAGCACAACAGUGACCUGCGGGCAGCAGAAGCACUUGUGAAGGACGCCGAGGCAAAGAGCCAGGAAAGUGACCGCCUGCUCCUCAUGAUCAACGCCAACCUGAGAGAAUUCCACGAUAAAAAGUUGCGUGUUCAAGAAGAUCAAAACUUGACCUCAGAGCUAAUCGCCCAAGGAAGAGGAUUGAUAGAUGCUGCCACCGCGCGUGUAAAUACCGCACAAAAUGCUCUUGCACAGUUAGAGCAUCACCAGGAUGAGCUACUUUUAUGGACUGCCAAAAUCAGGCGUCAUGUGGAUGACCUGGUCAUGCACAUGUCCCAAAGGAGAGCACCAGACCUGGUCUACAGAGCAGAGGACCAUGCAGCUGAGCUCCAAAGACUAGCAGGUGUUCUGGACAGUGGCCUUGAAAACAUCAGACAUGUGUCCCUGAAUGCGACCAGUGCAGCCCACGUCUAUUCCAACAUCCAGAGCCUGAUCGAAGAAUCAGAGAAACUGGCAGAAGACGCUCACAGGAUCGUGACUAAGGUAAGCCCGUUCUCAGAACCCCUCGAGUCCAACGGCAAAGUGGCUCUUCAGCGCAGUUCCAAAUUUCUAAGAGAAGGCAACAACCUCAGCAGAAAGCAUCAAGGUAUUGCAUUGGAACUGAGUAGAUUGAGAAAUACAGCAAACAGAUUUCAAGAGAGUGCUGAUAAAAUUACCAGGAAGACCAAUGAAUCACUCUUGAUACUUAGAGCAAUUCCUGAAGGUGUGGGAGACGAAGGGGCCAGAACUAAGGAGCUGGCUGCGUCUGCAAAUCAGAGUGCAGCCAGCACGCUGAGCGCCGUCGUGGGACUGAGCCAGAAGCUGCUGAACACGUCGACCGGCCUGGCCAGGGUCAACGCCACAUUGCGGGAGACAAACGAGCUCCUGCACGACUCCACCGUGACCACUCUGCUAGCUGGAAGAAAAGUUAAAGAUGUGGAAACUCAAGCCAACCUUUUAUUUGAUCGGUUGAAGCCUUUGAAGAUGUUAGAAGAGAACCUGAGCAGAAACCUGUCAGAAAUUAAACUGCUGAUCAGCCAGGCCCGGAAACAAGCGGCGUCUAUUAAAGUUGCCGUGUCUGCAGACAGAGAUUGCAUCCGUGCCUACCAGCCUCAGAUUUCUUCUACGAACUAUAACACCUUAACACUAAACGUUAAGACGCGUGAACCCGAUAACCUUCUUUUCUACCUCGGUGGCAGCACCAGCUCUGAUUUCCUUGCAGUGGAGAUGCGGCGAGGGAAAGUGGCCUUCCUCUGGGACCUGGGCUCCGGGUCAGCACGGUUGGAGUUUCCAGACUUCCCCGUCGAUGACAACAGAUGGCACAGUAUCCACGUAACCAGAUUUGGAAAUAUCGGUUCAUUGAGCGUAAAGGAAAUGAGCUCAAAUCAAAAGCCACUGACGAAAACAAGUAAAUCCCCUGGAACAGCCAACGUUCUGGAUAUAAACAAUUCAACACUCAUGUUCGUUGGAGGACUUGGAGGUCAAAUCAAGAAAUCUCCUGCUGUGAAGGUUACUCAUUUUAAAGGCUGCAUGGGAGAGGCCUUCUUAAAUGGAAAAUCGAUCGGCCUGUGGAACUACCUUGAAAGGGAGGGCAAAUGUCAUGGCUGCUUCGGAAGUCUAUAUGAAAAAGAUAUAAAGAGAUUUCACUCCUCUUACCGAAUUAAAGACUUUUUAUCCAUCGAGCUGGUCCAUGGCAGAGUGAAAGUUAUGGUUGACCUGGGUUCGGGGCCCCUUGCUCUUAUUACAGACAGACGUUAUAACAAUGGAACCUGGUACAAAAUCGCCUUCCAGCGAAACCGGAAACAAGGACUCCUAGCAGUUAUUGACGCACAUAACACCAGUUAUAAAGAAACCAAGCAGGGCGAGACUCCGGGAGUGUCUUCUGACCUCAAUCGUCUAGAUAAGGAUCCGAUUUAUGUGGGUGGAUUACCUCGGUCAAGAGCUGUAAGGAAAGGUAUCACCAGCAAAAGCUACGUGGGCUGUAUCAAGAACCUGGAGAUAUCUCGAUCGACCUUUGAUUUGCUCAGAAACUCCUACGGAGUGAGAAAAGGCUGUACGCUGGAGCCCAUCCGAAGCGUCAGCGUCUUGAGAGGCGGCUACGUGGAAUUGCCACCCAAGUCUCUGUCCCCAGAAUCAGAAUUGCUGGCCACAUUUGCCACCAAGAACAGCAGUGGCAUCAUCCUAGCUGCCCUCGGCAGGGACGCGGAGAAGCAAGGUCGCGGGCAGCCCCACGCGCCCUUCUUUUCCAUUCUGCUGAUUGAAGGCCACAUCGAGGUGCACGUCGGUCCUGGGGACGGGACGAGCCUGCGGAAAGCCCUCCUGCAUGCUCCCACGGGCACCUACAGCGACGGACAACCGCACUCCAUCUCCGUGGUUAGGAAUCAGAGAAUUAUCACUGUCCAAUUGGAUGAGACCAAUCCUGUAGAAAUGAAGUUGGGUCCAUUGGCGGAGAGCAGGACAAUAGACGUGUCCAACCUGUACAUAGGGGGAGUUCCAGAGGGUGAGGGGUCGUCAGUGCUCAAAAUGAGAAGAUCGUUCCAUGGCUGUAUCAGAAACCUGAUCUUCAACCUGGAACUUUUGGAUUUCACCAGUGCAGUUGGCUACGAACAAGUGGACUUGGACACCUGCUUGCUUUCAGAAAGGCCUAAGCUGGCUCUUCUUGGAGAGGACAGGGAGCUCCCGCCAGAGCCCCGCGCGGUUCCUGAGCAGUGUGCGGUGGACCCAGCUCCGGAGUAUGUGCCCGGCGCUCACCAGUUUGGCCUCACACAAAGCAGCCACUUCGUGUUGCCUUUCAAUCAGUCGGCUGUCAGAAGGAAGCUGUCGGUGCAGCUGCGCAUGCGCACGUGGGCCUCCAGCGGCCUGGUCUACCACAUGGCGCAUCAGAACCAAGUGGACUACGCCACGCUCCAGCUCCACGGCGGCCGCCUCCACUUCAUGUUCGACCUCGGCAAAGGCCGGACAAAGGUCUCUCACCCCGCGCUGCUCAGUGACGGCAAGUGGCACACGGUCAAGACAGAGUAUUUUAAAAGAAAAGGCUUCAUGACGGUUGAUGGCCAAGAAUCCCCCAUGGUGACCACGGUGGGAGACGGAACCACGCUGGACGUGGAAGGGAGGCUGUACCUAGGCGGCCUUCCCUCUGAGUACCGGGCCAGGAACAUUGGAAAUAUCACCCACAGCAUCCCUGCCUGCAUUGGGGACGUGACAGUGAACGGCAAGCAGCUGGACAAGGACAGCCCAGAGUCUGCCUCUGCAGUGAACAGGUGCUACGCAGUGGCCCAGGAAGGAACUUUCUUUGACGGAAGUGGAUACGCAGCUCUUGUCAAAGAAGGCUACAAAGUCCGGUCAGAUGUGAACAUCACACUCGAGUUUCGUACCUCCUCAGAGAACGGCGUCCUCCUGGGCAUCAGCAGCGCCAAAGUGGAUGCCAUUGGGCUAGAGAUUGUAAAUGGCAAGCUCUUGUUUCAUGUCAACAACGGUGCUGGGAGGAUAACGGCCGCAUACGAGCCCAGGGCUGCCAGCGUGCUCUGCGAUGGGAGGUGGCACACGCUGCACGCUAACAAAAGCAAACACCGUGUCACUCUGAUUGUUGAUGGAAAUGCAGUAGGUGCUGAAAGCCCACACACCCAGUCCACCUCGGCGGACACCAACAAUCCCAUUUAUGUCGGUGGCUAUCCCGCUGAUGUAAAGCAAAACUGCCUGGGCAGCCGCGCCUCGUUCCGGGGCUGCCUGCGGAGGCUCACAUUCACCAAGGGCCCGCAGGUGCAGCCCUACGACUUCAGCGGCGCUUUUGAACGACAAGGAGUUUUCCCUCAUUCGUGUCCCGGCACUGAGUCCUGAACUUCAGGCACAAUCCUCAGUUGGAACUAUUGCUAGUAUCUUGAGGGGAAUUAUAUUUGUGAAUUAAAGUCUCUUCGGUUCAGAUUUCAUUUCCAACUCAGGUUAAGUGUUUCUAGAGAGCUACGUUGUGUUUGUUAAACUAAAACCACAUGUACAACAGAUACCUCCAUUAAAUAGUCUAAAA